AUGACCACUAUCCUUAAAUUACAAAAUGUUCCCAAAGGUAACCAAGAAGUAGAUUUGGAGGAUUUAAUUGACAGCUACCUUGAAGAUUUGGAUAUUUGGAAUAUUAAAGAUAAUGAAUUAAAUAAAAGAACUAACCUUAAACCUGAUGAUUACAUCUAUACAAAAGUGAAUAAUAGUGAAAAUGAUGAUGAUAGGAAGGUGAUUUGUGAUGAGACAAAUGAAAAAAUAAUAGAAGAAUUUGUUACUUACCUCAGUAAGAAAAAAGAAGAAGUGGAGUUAGAGAAAAAAACUCUAGAACAAUUAAUAGAAGAAAAGAAAAAAGUUAAUAAUUCCCAAGGUAGUUGCAGAUCUUCUGGUCGUCUCACUUAA